AUGAAGGCCACCACGCUCUUCAGCGCCAUCUUCCUUCCCGCCCUGGCCAUGGCCCAGGGUGAGGACGACAAGGACGACAAGUACGACACUUCGACCACGACGGCCACCGUCACCCUGACCCAGACCAUCAUGCUCGCCAAGGUCGUCGAGACGGCCACCUGGACUGCCACGCGCAACGCGACCAUCACGUCUGAGAUCCCCAGCGCCACCAGCGACAUCGUCUCCGUCUCCACGACGUCGUCUGCGCCCGCCCAGGUCACCUCUUCCAACGAGAACGCUGGCCAGGCCCUCAGCGUCUCCAACAUGGUCAUGGCCGGUAUCGCCGGUCUCGCUGCCCUCUCCCUCAUGUAA